ACAGGGCAGAGUUAAGAACCCUAAAAAAGAUCCUGAAAUAGUGUCUUGCCAUACUGAAGAAUCCCAUUUUUAAGGAAACGACUCAAGUGAAGCAGAGCAGGGGGAACCCCUGUGUAAAAGGUUAAUAAAAUACUGCUAUAUCAUGAUGUGCACAUUAUACCAAGGUCCCCACCUAAAAAGAAAGUCCCUCAACUACUAUAAAAAGGAUCACCACUUAACAGACCAAACACCCACCAACUACUUCAUACACUUCUCUAGCUAUCUACACUCAGAAGCCACUUCUUUCAGUCUUUUCCUAAAGCUCCAAUUUUCCCAGAUAAAGAAAACAAUGAGUUCUCCAGGGGAUUGGUUGUGUGGUGCUUGCCAACAUGUGAACUUCAAGAAGCGGGAAUCAUGUCAGAAGUGUAGCUUUCCUAAGUAUGGUAGUGAGGCGGAUAUACCGUAUUACAUUGCUAACACAAAGGCUGGCAGGACAGAGGUGUUGGCCGGAGACUGGUACUGCCAGAGCAUGAAUUGUGGGGCUCACAAUUAUGCUAGCCGUACAAACUGCUUCCGUUGUGGAAACUUUAAGUGUGAUUAUGGGACUGUUGGUGUUGGUUAUGGAACUAAUGAAAUGAUGAUGGGAGCUGGAGGAUAUAGUUCAGAUCAACAGCAACAACUCCUUCCUGGGUGGAAAGCUGGUGAUUGGAUUUGCGUGAGACCUGGAUGUGGUUUACACAAUUAUGCAUGCAGGAUGGAAUGCUACAAGUGCAGAUUACCAAAGGACUAUGGCGGAGCAAUGUAAAGAGGAGAAUUUACAGAAGUUUAUCAUGAUCUGUUUAGGUUUUUGUUGUAACUUUCAUGAUUUCAGCACAUAUAAUUAGGGAAUUCAUAGAAAAAAAGAAGUAUUCCCUACUACAAAGUGUAAUUUUGAUAAGUGUAAGGUGCUAUGGAGGGGUCAAAUGAAGCCCAAAAAAGGCUAGUUUUUCUGGGUUACAAGGAAUCCAUGAUUAAUCAUCAGUAUUCCUUUGUCUAA